AUGAGCGAGAUUGACACGGGAGAUAUUAAUCAACGGCCCGCUUUGCCGCCUCCUUCGGCUCCCACUAACCCUCUCCCUCCCCCUAAACUCCCAGCAAUUAAGAUACCUGAAUUUAGCGGUGGGGAGGAAGAAUGGCUUGCAUUUUGGGAUAUAUUUAACAGUUUAGUUCACGAUCGUAGGGAUAUUUCCGAUGUGAUUAAGUUUUCUAUACUCAGAGCUAGUUUAAGGGAUAACGCCUUUAAAGCCAUAGAAGGUUUGCUUGUCACUAAUGCCAAUUAUUCAGUAGCUAUUCAGACCCUUAAGAAGUAUGAUAAUAAGGAAAAAUUGAAACGUAGACUUAUGUCCAAGUUAACACAUUUAGUCCCUCCCAGUCAUACAAUAGAGGAUUUGAACACGUUCAAAUUGGAAUAUGAGAAGAUUAUUCUACAAAUGAACACAUUGAAUUUAGAUGUAGAGGCCAUGAACUCCGUUUUCUCUAGUAUAAUAUGCGAGAAAUUAUCGCCUGAAACACGUAAGGCUAUAGCUAAUAAGCAUAAUAGCAUGUCUCUUGAUUUAAAGCAAAUUUCCUCAGGUUUGAAAUAUGUUUGUGAAUUAAUGGAAUUUUGUUACGAAGGUGAGAAUUCUAAUAAGAGAAGACGAGAUCAGGGCAAAUUUUCUAAAGUGAUUCCCUCAAAUGUGCAAAACGUGCAGAGAGCACAACCAAGUAACAGUAAACCUAGUAAUAGUAGUCCUUACAAUAAUUAG